AUGAGUGAUGGUCAAUUUAGUGACUACGAGGAAGAUUUAACUGCUAAGGUUAAAUCUGUGCGGUUUGCAGAAACACCUACUUAUAAAUAUAUAAGUACUGACGAUGACGAUCUUGAUUCAGAUGAUUACUUUUAUGAUUCCGAUGAUCCUACUCAAGGAUCAAGGAAAAAAAACAAUGUUAACCCUCAAGCUCCUACAAACAAAGUAACAUCUUACCAGCCAACUGAAAAACUUUUCAAAAGAUAUAUUAAUCGAAUUAAUGUCGACCACUAUGAACCCUCUGACAAUACCCAAAAAUUCAUAGAAAUGAAUGAUAGAAAAAAAGACAAUGAGAGAAUAAGAAUAAAAGACAAACAUGAUCGAGCUACAGCAGAACAGGUUAUGGAUCCAAGGACUAAAAUGAUCCUUUUUAAGCUUCUUAAUAGGGGAAUCAUUAAUGAAAUUAAUGGAUGUAUAUCAACAGGAAAAGAAGCAAAUGUUUAUCAUGCUACAUCAAAAGAUGGCAGAGACUUUGCUGUUAAGAUUUUUAAAACAUCAAUUCUAAUAUUCAAAGACAGAGACAAGUAUGUUUCAGGAGAAUAUAGGUUCAGAAAUGGUUAUUGCCGUUCUAAUCCUAGAAAAAUGGUAAAAACCUGGGCAGAAAAGGAAAUGAGAAACCUAGUCAGGCUGCAUAAUGCCCAAUUAAAUGUUCCUGAACCUAUAAUACUUCGGAGUCACGUGUUAGUGAUGACAUUUAUGGGUGAAAAUGGCUGGCCGUCACCAAAAUUAAAAGAUGUUGAGAUAUCACAAACAACAGCACGUACUCUGUAUAGAGAUUGUAUUGUUAUGAUGUGGAAAAUGUUCAAUAUAUGUAAACUAGUUCAUGCCGACUUGUCUGAAUAUAAUUUGCUAUACCAUAAUGGUAAUAUUGUUAUGAUUGAUGUUUCACAAUCUGUAGAACAUGAUCAUCCACAUGCCUUUGAGUUUUUACGUAAAGAUUGUACAAAUAUAUCUGAGUUCUUCAGGAAAAGGGGUGUUGCUACAUUAACUGUUAAAGAGUUGUUUGAUUUUAUUACUGAUGCAACAAUUAAUGAGGCCAAUUUAGAAGAAUGUAUGGAAAAAUUAUCAGAAAAAGUAGCUUCAAGAAACUUUGAAGAGAUGACUGCCCAGGAGCAGAUUGAAGAAGAAACAUUCAAAAAUGUGUAUAUUCCGAAGACUUUAACAGAGGUUAUAAACUAUGAGCGGGAUAUAAAUAAAGCUAAAAAAGGUGAUACAGCAGACUUAAUAUACAAGAAAAUAGCCGGUUUCAAUGAAGACUUAAGUACUGUGGAUAAACCAGACAUCUUGCAAGAUGACAACAUUUCUGAAAAUGGAUCAGGAAGCGAUUCUGAGAGCAAUGAAGAUGAUGAUAAUAAUGAAACAAAAUUCAAGAAUUCAGCUAGACCUAGGGAUGAGUCACCUAACACUAAGAAAGCUCGUAAGAAGGCUUUCAAAGAGGAGCAAGCAGAAAGGAGAAAAACUAAAACAAAGAAACAUAUUAAGAAGAGGCGAGAUAAGGGAAAUAGUAAAAAAUAA